AGGUUCUUCAGUGGAUAAGCCAGUGUGAGAACGUGCUCUACCAGACCUCUGUCAUACCGACCAGUUUGUCGGAGGCGGAGGCUCUGAAAACGGACCACGAGAACUUCCAGCCCGUGCUCAAUGAGGCGCACCCACAGGCGGUGCAGUGUGCGGCACGGGCUAGCUACCUGCUGCAGCUGGUGGGCAGUGACCAUCCUCGACGCGCCGAUCUGCAGUCAGUGGCCGAAACUGUGGCCAACCGAUGGCAGAAAUUGGUGUAUGCCGCAGAGGAACAACACAAGCUGCUGUUGGCGGCCACGAACUGGUACAAGACCUCAGAACAAGUGAUCUCUGUCCUGCGCUCCCUGGAGAAGGAGUACCGACGUGACAAGGACUGGUGUCACAGCGAGAAGGCUGUCGGCAGCGGAGAUAUCAAAACCUACCUGGACCACCAGCAGUCCAAGCAUGGGGAGCAGAAGGAGGCCUUCCUAAAGGCUUGCAUUUUAGCAAGG